AUGAAGACCGGUUCUCAAAUCCGCCUGCUGCUGUGGAAAAACUGGACUGUCCGCAAGAGACAGAAAAUCCGCUUCUUGGUGGAGAUCGUCUGGCCAGUGUUGUUAUUUAUUAGUUUGGUGUGGCUGAGGAAGGCCAAUCCACUGCACCAACAACAUGAAUGUCAUUUUCCCAACAAGGCCAUGCCAUCAGCAGGGAUUCUGCCCUGGAUCCAAGGCAUCUUCUGCAAUGCCAACAACCCCUGCUUCAGAUAUCCAACCAGAGGAGAGUCUCCGGGCGUUGUCUCCAACUAUAACAACUCAGUAUUGUCACAGUUCUAUGUUGAUGUCCAGGAGCUUCUGCUCAGUGAGAAGGAGGUUCAGCAACUUGGGCGUCUUUGGCGCGACCUGUCAUCUUUCUCAAACUUAAUGGACGUGUUACGCAACAGCCCAUCUUUGAUGUCAGGCCGUGGGCUCCGGAUAAAUGACAUACUGAAGGAUGAUGAGGUUCUCACAGCCUUCCUGUUGCGAGAUGCAGGCCUCUCAAAUUCAAUAGUCUACCAGCUCGUCAAUGGAGAAAUAAGAAUCGAACAGUUUGCUUUUGGUGUCCCAGACCUCCGACUGAAAGACAUUGCAUGCAGUCACGCCCUGUUAGAACGCUUCAUCAUCUUCCCCAGUCGAAUGGGACUCUAUGGGGUCCGCAAUGCCUUGUGUGCCUUCAGCCAGCAAAGGCUGCAGAAGAUAGAGGACAUCCUCUAUGCUAAUCUGGACUUCUUCAAGAUCUUCAGACUGAUGCCUCAGGUUUUGGACCGAAGCUCUGAGGGGAUUGACCUUCACUUCUGGGGCCAGGUUCUUAAAGCGGUGUCUGACAAGAUCCAAAUUCUGAGAGAGCGGGAGAACUCUCAGGAGCUCCUGAAGCUGGUUUCUUCUCUUUUCCAUGCUGGGGGUCCCUCCUCCUUCACCCAGCUGAGGUCCAGUGUGUCCAGUCUCUUCUGUGGGUACCCAGAGGGAGGCGGCUCCAGAGUCCUGUCCUUCAACUGGUAUGAGGACAACAACUACAAGGCAUUUUUAGGGGUCAAUGGCACCAAGAACCACGACUAUGUCUAUGAUGACACCACCACUCCCUUCUGCAAUGCCCUGAUGCAGACCCUGGAGUCCAACCCCAUCACAAAAAUUGUGUGGAAUUCAGUCAAGCCCCUGCUGAUGGGAAAGAUCCUGUACACCCCUGACUCCCCUGCCGUCCGCAAGAUAUUAAAGAGUGCUAAUACAACCUUUGAGCAGCUAGAGAGGCUCCAGAACAUGGCCAAGGCCUGGGAGGAGGUGGGACCUCAGCUCUGGGCUUUCUUUCACAACAGUGUCCAGAUGAACAUAGUCAGGGACACCCUGCGAAACCCAACAGUGAUGCACUUCAUGGACAGCAGUCUGGAGGAUAGUGACUUUACCACCAAGGACAUUCUUAACUUUCUGUACAAUGGUCCAGAAGAGCAGAGAGAGGCGGGCAUGCCAAACUUUGACUGGAGGAACAUUUUUAACAUCACUGACCAGAUCAUACGCAUGUUCAACCACUAUGGAGAGUGCAUCAGUUUGGAUAAGUUCGUGGCUCACACAGAUGAGUCGCAGAUGAUCCAUCAGGCCUUGUACCUGCUGGAGGAGAACAAGUUUUGGGCUGGUGUGGUUUUCAUGGACAUGUAUCCCUGGACGACAAGUGUUCCCCCACAUGUCAAGUACAAGAUCCGCAUGGACAUUGAUGCAGUGGAGCGCACAAACAAGAUCAAAGACAGGUACUGGGACCCCGGCCCCAGAGCAGACCCCAUGGAGGACCAGAGGUACAUCUGGGGAGGCUUUGCCUACCUGCAGGAUAUGAUAGAACAUGGCAUCAUCAAGCUUCACACGGGCAACGACUGGCCACUCGGGGUCUACGUCCAGCAGAUGCCCUAUCCAUGUUAUGUGGAUGACCUUGUCAUUAACUCAGAGUUCCACUCAAGGUUCUUCAGUGCAUCCUCACAGAGCCAGUCGGCCUGGAUCUAUUCUGUGUCCAUGACCGUGAAGAGCAUUGUGCUGGAGAAAGAGCUACGUCUCAAGGAGACCCUCAAAGCUGCGGGAGUCAGCAACAGAGUUAUUUGGUACACGUGGUUCAUUGACAGCUUCACUGUGAUGACUGCGAGCACGGCGCUCCUCACCUCCAUCAUCAUGGGUGGCAAGGUGCUGAAUUAUAGCGACCCCAUCCUCAUCUUCUUCUUUCUGCUGACUUUCACUGUCACCACCAUCACGCAGUGUUUCCUGAUGAGUGUGUUCUUCAACAAGGCCAACCUGGCAGCCGCCUGCAGUGGCAUCAUCUACCUCACCCUCUACCUGCCCCACAUCCUCUGCUUCGCUUGGCAGGACCGCAUCACAAAAAACAUGAAGUUGGCUGCUAGCUUGUUGUCUCCUGUGGCAUUUGGUUUCGGGACAGAGUACCUGUCCAGAUACGAGGAGCAGGGCUUGGGUCUGCAGUGGGACAACAUCCAGACCAGCCCGUUAGAGAAGGACACUUACUCCUUUCUUACCUCUAUCCUCAUGAUGAUUCUUGAUGCAGUCCUCUAUGCUGUUCUGGCCUGGUACCUGGAUAAUGUCUUCCCAGGACAGUACGGCAUUGGACAGCCAUUCUACUUCCCAUUCCAGCCCUCAUACUGGCAAAGAUCUGCAUCUUCACAAACAGAAGUGGCCCAUCACGAUCCUGCGAAAUCUGAACCACAGAACAUGGAGAAUGAUGCUGAGGGCAGGGGCACACCAGUGACAAACACCUGCAACAGCUCAGCCAGCAAGAAAACCUGUAAGCACCAGAGUAAGAGGGAACAACUAGAGAGAGAGAAGGAGCUGCUGAAACGACAAGAGCAAACUCCCAAUCAGGAGGAGGAGUGUUGGGACUCAGGGAAGGAAGGUCAGUUGUUCUUUGAGCCUGAACCAGUGGGCCUGAUGAUGGGGGUGCAGAUCCAGGACCUGGUAAAGGUGUUUGAUGGAUGCUCUCAUCCAGCCGUCAACUGCCUCAAUAUCAGCUUCUAUGAAGGCCAGAUCACAUCCUUCUUAGGUCACAAUGGGGCUGGAAAAACUACAACUAUGUCCAUCCUGACUGGUCUGUACCCUCCGACAUCCGGCACUGCAUACAUUAAUGGAAGAGACAUUAGGACUGACAUGGAUAUCAUCCGUUCUUCUAUGGGCACGUGUCCUCAGUACAACAUCCUCUUCAAACAUCUCACAGUGGCAGAGCACAUCCUGUUCUACUCACUGCUGAAGGGUCGGACUGAGGCGGAGGCCAAGAGGGAGGUCGAGGACAUGCUGAUAGACCUGGGGCUACCUCACAGGAGAAACGCCGAGGCUCAGAACCUCUCCGGUGGUAUGCAGAGGAAACUGUCAGUUGCCAUGGCGUUUGUUGGAGGGUCAAAGGUCAUCAUCUUGGAUGAGCCCACCUCAGGAGUGGACCCCUACUCCAGAAGAUCUAUUUGGGACCUCCUACUGAAAUACAGAGCUGGCCAUACAGUGAUUCUGUCCACACAUCACAUGGAUGAGGCCGACCUGCUGAGCGACCGCAUUGCCAUCAUUUCCAAAGGACAGCUCCACUGUUGUGGGUCACCCCUGUUCCUCAAGAACUGUUUUGGAGUGGGUUUUUAUCUGACUCUUGUACGCCGCAUAAAGGACCUGAGGAAGAGGGAGACUGACUGUGACUGCGCGUCAGACUGCUCCUGUUCCUGCUCCAUCUGUACCAAAUACAAAGAUCAGUCCCAGAGCCAGUUCCAGCAUGUAGACAGAGUUAUGGAUGGGGACAUAAACAGCAUCACCAGCCUCAUUCACCACCAUGUCCCAGAAGCCAAACUGAUUGAAACGAUUGGACAGGAGCUGACCUAUCUGCUGCCCAAUAAGGGAUUCAAGCAUCGGGCGUACGCCAGUUUGUUUCGGGAGCUGGAGGAGACACUUGCUGACAUGGGGCUCAGCAGCUUUGGCAGGUUAGAACAGAUAUUCAUAAAGGUCACUGCAGACGGAGAAGCAGCGAAUAAUGCCACCACUCCCGAGCAGUGGAUGUUACAGCGGAGAAAAAACAACAGCCAAGUUGGUGUAGAGGGAAAUGAAGGUCCAUCAGACAGCAGUGCAGGAAAGGGCUCCAAGCAGGUGAAAGGUGCCACUCUGACUUUGAAGCAGUUCCAUGCGCUGCUAGUGAAGAGGUUCCACCACGCCACAAGAAGCCAAAAAGACUUCAUGGCACAGAUCAUCCUCCCUGCCAGUUUCGUCCUGAUAGCUCUGAUCUUCACCAUGUUUGUUCCUCCGUUUGGAGAAUAUCCCAGUCUGACUCUGACGCCCUGGAUGUACGGACAGCAGUUCAUCUUCUUCAGUAACGAGCAGCCAUUUGACCCCAAAAUGAAACACUUCACACAGCAAUUUUUAAACCCACCAGGCCUGGGGACACGCUGCAUGGAAGGAGAACCACUAGGAAUGCCUUGUAGAAACAGUACAACAGAGUGGGAGUAUCCUGACGUCUCCCCUGAGAUCAGCAACAUCUCACAGAGUUCUGAAUGGAAUGAGAGAAACCCAUCCCCCUCGUGUCAGUGCAGCACCAGUAAGAAGUUGACCAUGAUGCCCAUCUGUCCCAUCGGUGCAGGUGGGCUGCCCCCUCGCCAACGAAUCGAGGCCACAGGAGGCACAAUGCUGGAUCUGACUGACAGGAACAUCUCUGACUACCUGGUCAAAACCUACCCGAAUCUCAUCAGAACCAGUUUAAAGAGCAAAUACUGGGUGAAUGAGCAAAGGUAUGGAGGCCUGUCAAUAGGAGGACAACUUCCCAUCUUAGAUGUGAACCCCAGAAACAUCCAGAAUGUUUUCCAUCAGCUGGGACGAAUGCUUAACAUCACAGGGGGUUACAAUUCUGACCUUGCAUUGAGGGAGAUUGGUCCUUUCUUACGAUACAUGGAAAGUGAAUUCAAUAUAAAGGUAUGGUAUAAUAACAAAGGCUGGCACGCCAUGGUUGCCUUCAUGAAUGUGGCCAACAACGCCAUUCUGCGAGCCCUCCUACCAUCGACUGCCAAACCCGUUGAGUUUGGCAUCACUGCCAUCAACCACCCUCUCAACCUCACUAAAGAGCAGCUUUCUGAAGUCACCGUACUGACCACUUCAGUGGACGCUGUGGUGGCGAUCUGUGUUAUUUUCGCCAUGUCCUUCAUCCCCGCCAGCUUCGUCCUCUACCUUAUCCAGGAGCGUGUGACCAAGGCCAAGCACCUGCAGUUUGUCAGUGGGGUCAGCCCCUUAGUUUACUGGGUGGCCAACUUCUUCUGGGACAUGAUGAACUACUCUCUCAGCACUGCAAUGGUGGUCGGCAUUUUUAUGGCUUUUGACAAAAAGUGUUACACAUCGCCAUCUAACUUGCUGGCACUAAUAGCACUGCUUCUACUAUAUGGAUGGUCAGUAACGCCCAUGAUGUAUCCCAUGUCCUACAUGUUCAACAUCCCAAGUACUGCAUACGUCUCUCUGUCCUGCAUCAACCUGUUCAUAGGCAUCAACAGCAGUGCCAUUACCUUCAUCCUGGAGCUUUUUGAAAACAAUCGGUCUUUGCUCGUGUUCAAUGAGUGGCUGAAGAAAGGCCUGCUGGUGUUCCCUCACUUCUGCCUGGGGCGAGGACUGAUCGACAUGGCCAUGAACCAAGCUGUCACUGAUGUGUAUGCUAGAUAUGGUGAAGAGUACAGAGCUGACCCCUUCCGGUGGGACUUUGUGGGGAAAAAUGUUGCUUUCAUGGCAGCGGAAGGCUUUAUCUACUUUAUUCUCAAUCUUCUGAUCCAGUACCGAUUCUUCUUGGAACAUUGGUUAUCAGACUACAAGCAGACUCCGGUACAAGGUGAAGAUGAUGAUGUGGCAGCAGAGAGGCAGAGAGUUUAUGAUGGAGGGAGCAAGACAGAUAUCCUGCAGAUCAGAGACCUCUCCAAAACGUAUGUGGGCAGGAAGAGGGCAGCUGUGGACCGGAUUUGUGUGGGAGUCCCCGCAGGAGAGUGCUUUGGCCUCUUGGGAGUUAAUGGAGCUGGAAAGACGACAACCUUCAAAAUGUUGACUGGUGACACAGAUGUCAGUUCUGGGGAGGCUACUGUGGCUGGUUACAGCAUCCUGACAGAGAUUCUGGACGUGCACCAGAACAUGGGCUACUGCCCUCAGUUUGAUGCUAUUGAUGAGCUCCUUACCGGCAGGGAACAUCUCCAUCUCUACGCUCGUCUCAGAGGGGUACCUGAGUCAGAAAUCCCCAGAGUGGCAGAAUGGGGCAUCCAGAAGCUGGGUCUGACAGAGUAUGCUGGCCGCUGUGCAGGGACCUACAGUGGAGGCAACAAACGCAAACUCUCCACAGCUAUCGCAAUGAUUGGUUGCCCAGCACUGGUGCUGCUGGAUGAGCCGACGACAGGGAUGGACCCGCACUCUCGCCGCUUCCUGUGGAACGCCAUCAUGAGUGUGAUUCAGGAUGGUCGCGCCGUGGUGCUAACGUCACACAGUAUGGAGGAGUGUGAGGCCCUCUGCACUCGGCUGGCCAUCAUGGUCAACGGGUCCUUCAAGUGUUUGGGUACCAUCCAGCAUCUCAAGUACAAAUUUGGUGACGGCUAUGUAGUGAUCAUGAAAAUCAAGGCAGCUAAAGUGGGCUUGUCCCCAGAGCUGGAGCCUGUCGAGAGCUUCAUGAAGAGCUGCUUCCCCGGCUGUGUUCAGCGGGAGAAGCACUACAACACACUGCAGUAUGAGAUCUCCUCCUCCUCCCUAGCCAGGAUAUUUCAGCUGGUGGUGGCCAAUAAAGAAAGGCUCAGCAUCGAAGAUUAUUCUGUUUCUCAGACAACUCUGGACCAGGUGUUUGUCAGCUUUGCCAAGCGCCAGACAGGAGAUGAUGAGGACGUUAUGUUACACAGACGAGCAGGGGGUGGACGAAAAGAUACCAAGAUUUCUCCAGCAAACAGGAAAACAUGAAAAGUCCCCUGUAAUCUAACUUUCCACCACCACAAGAUUUCACUAGCCAGGUUGCUUUUUAGGGGAGAGACGAGCAUGGCCAGUAACAGAACGGCUUUUUUUUUUUUUUACACCCCAAUCACAGCCAAACUGUACAAGUCUUUGGCUACAUGCAGGAGUUAAUCUUCCAUGAUAUUACUAAACAUCAAGAAUGUCUGACAGAAAGCAAGUUCUAUCUGAAAUAUGGAAAAGAAAGCUCUCUCACUCUCUCUAUAGAGAGAGAGAGAAUACAUACACACACACACUUUAUGUAAUGAACACCUAAGCACCAUCCAAGCAGUAUUUUUUAAAUGUCUACAAUGUGCACACCUUACUUAUAUACCACACAAAUGAUUUUAACACUGGUUGUCUUCUCUUUUCAUUUACUUCUGAACAUUUAAGUACAGAAGUAAAUAACCUGAAUUCUUGCUCCUUCUGCUAUUUCAUACAUUUCCAUGUCAUGUUGCUUCUGUCAAUACAAACUAUUCCUCUUAAGGAAUUACAUUUGAUUAAAAAAAGUUUUAAAUAAAGCUGUAAAUAACUUUUGUAUCUGAUCAAAUAAACCUUUAUGCUUUACAUUUAAUGCACCGUGCUGUCUUGCCUAGCUUAUUUGUACUGUAUCAGACCUAAAUAAAAGUCCAA